AUGGCAGAGCUUAAGCUUGCACUUCAAGCAGUGGCUAUAUUUCUCUUUUGCUCUUACACCUCUGUGCGGUUCCUUGUCCCCCUAAUGGGCCAAGAAUUCCUCUCACGGUGCCUUGGAACUGUCCUGUGCGGCGUCUCCUCUGUCUGCAUCGCCUCCUACGCGACGCGUGGGGGCAAGAUCGCCAACUUUCGGGACAAGGCAGUGCUGAUCACUGGGUGCGAUACGGGAAUGGGUAAUGCUCUGGCUCGGCGACUGGACGGGAUGGGCUUCCGGGUGUUCGCUGGCUGCUUGGAGGCAGAGUAUGGAGAGGGAGCAGCUGGGCUGAGGGCAGAGUGCUCUGAGAGGCUGAAGGUGAUUCAGAUGGACGUGACCAGUGACAAGGAAGUUGUGGAGGCUGUCACUGCUGUGGAGGAAACGUUGGCGAAGACGGGGGAUGCUGUGUGCUUCUUUACAUGGGAGGGGUCAUGUGAUAUUCUUAACAGGAAGAUAAUUAAUACGUCACUCUGUUUCAUCUAUAAUACAGUGCUAUGGGGUGUGGUGAACAACGCAGGCGUGCUAACGUUUGGAAUGGUGGAAUGGAUCUGCCUCGACGCAUUUAAAAAAGUGAUGGAAGUUAAUACAUGGGGGAUGGUCCGAGUUACGAAGGCGUUCCUGCCUCUCAUUCGCAAAAGCAAAGGUCGCAUUGUGAACAUGAGCAGUGUGCUGGGUCGAUUCAGCUCGCCCUAUUGUACGCCAUACUGCAUGACCAAGUACGCUGUCCAGGCCUUCACCGACGCACUGCGUGUUGAAUUGUUCCCAUGGGGCGUCAAGGCAGUCAUUGUUGAACCUGGGACAUUCUCGGCAGGUACCUCUGUAAUGCUGAGAGAGGGUAUUCUAAAUAGCGGGAUGGAAAGAGUCUGGCGCUCAGCCCCUGAAGAAGUCCGACAGGCCUAUGGUGAGGACCACUUCCAGAGCGUCAAGAAGGCCCUAAUCAUGCCCAUCUUGAAGACAACUCACGGCAGCAUCGUUCCUGUCAUCGACGCGUAUACCAGCGCCCUCACCGACGAAAUCCCCAAAGACAGAUAUUUCCCGUCCAAUGCCAUGUGCAAGUGCAUCGCCUGGGCCCACUACUACCUUCCGGCGUCCAUCAUGGAUGCCGUUGCCAAUCUCUACCUCGCCUUCUUCUGUGCCAAACUUCAGGGGCUCGAGACCUCUUAUUAAACGACUUUACAUCAGAAAGCCCAUGGUAGCUAAAUCGUCACUCGAUUGUGCCCCAUCGCGAACUUCCCUCGAUUGUGGUGACCUCAAAUUUCUCUCUCCAAAGUUUGAACGGAAAAUAGGGAAGUCCCAAGUAAAUUGCUACCAAAGCUGACCCACGCAUCCUAGGGAGUCUGUUAUUGCAUUCUAAUUUAAAUGUUUUUAAUUAGCAAACGGAAACACGACAUCUUGUCCACUGAUAUAUACUAAAAAUAUCUGCACUCGGAAAUGUCUGCACUCGAACAAAAUUACUAUUGAACCAAUCCAACGAGAGCCGCAAAAAAAUUACUUCACACGUCUGUAAAGGACGAAGUGAUUAUGGUUGAGGGAAAGACAUGGUGGAUACCAACAAAAACCCCUGAAUUUUGUUUUUGAACCACAGUACUAAGGGCAUUUAGGUUACUCGGCUUAAAUGAUUUUGCCGUCAGCUUUUAAAAUCCCAAAAUAGUGCCAUCACAUUUGCACCACUAGCCCCGUUAAUAUGAAGGGAAUAAUUAAAUGUUUGACCGCCCAUACUUUGUAAGAUGAAAAUAAAACCCGAGCAGAAGAAAGGUUCAUUAUCACUGCUUCCAAAGCUUAGUCGUUCCUAAGACUGGCCAAACACAUGUUUCCAUCCUGAAAUACUUUGUGUCCCCAAAAUUUCCACACGUAAACUGGGCCGUUCGGGCAUUUUGUUGUUCUUUUUCCUAUCCAUGCUUAUAGACCACUGUUUGUUACUCUACACAAUGAUUGAAAUUACUGGUUAGCAGAACAUGAACAAUACUUCCCCACAGAAUAAUCGACCUGGAUUCUGUGUAUUUUAAGAACGACUGACGUAUCUGGGUAAUUUAUUUUUCAAGUGGGAGGUACAUAAAACAGCUGCACAUGCUAUGUACAAAUUCCAAGCACUGGUCUCAAUUGAAAGAGAGGUAUACGCACAAUGAGCCAGUUCGGUAUUUCACCAGGCAAGGUCAUACGGGAACUAAGAACGCGCCUGCGUAGGGAUCGUCUGAAAUGGCAGACCUCGCACGCGCGUCUGAAUGACUUCGGACGCGUUUCAUUUUCGGCAUGCUCAAUUGAAAUACUGAACUGGCUCAUUUAACAUGUUGGUGUGCAAGCUUGUGCUUGAAAUCAACUGUUCUGGCUUGGCCAAAACGUUAUUGCUCUGUUUUGGCUUUUUUAAAAUUAUGUUUUAUUUAAAAAUGGCUUGAGCAAUUGUGAUUGUUAAAUUGUGACACAAUGUAACGGGGUAGAAGUAGAAAUGCGUGUACAUUAAGUGUCAUUGCUUGGGGGCCACUGUGGGUGCUGGCUGGUUUUUUAUCAUGCCAUUUAAAGGGGACUUGACCAGCAGGAAUGUCUUGGGUAUUUACGAAUGCGUCCACACGACGGUGGUACAUUGAAGAAGUACCAUCAAGUUAAGAUUAAUUUUAGAUUUUUUUGUCAUUUCAAGUUCAUUGUUGUUCUACACAGAGUCUUUUUUUCACUGUAUACCCAGGUUCUCAAUGUAGUGUGACACCUUUCGAAUUAGCUUAGAAUUAAAAAACAAAAACGUUAAUUUCCAAUUUAGGCGAACUGGCUUUCAGCUUUGGUAUCUCUGCACAGUGUUUUGUGUAGACGUGAUAAGACACAGGUUAGUUGUAUUAUACCCGGUCUCGAUUUCACAUUGCUGGCCAACAGGUUACAAAUCGAAGUUCAACUGUCAUUGUGUAAACUUAAGAUCAUGUGAUUAGAUUGGUUUCGUUUUGUCUGGUGUGUUCUGUGUCGUGGUUCUUACUGUUUAAUGCGCACAACAGUUUCGCCCACCCAAUUACCCACACUAAUUCUUCCAAAAUGGCGGCAUCUCACAGUCUUCUGAUCUUUACUCUUCUUGCUGUUUUGUGUGCAUACGGUCAUGCCGUAUAUUGGGAGUGCCCGCCUUUGUUUGACGACUUAUCGAUCACUGCUGGAUUCGACUGCCCUCUGCCCGGCCAGUCCUCAGAUUUGAUUUAUUGCUGCGAUGCGUAUGAGACAGAUCAGCAUUGUUGCGACUACAACGCCUACUACGGCUAUACUAG